AUGCAAGUCACCUUCGCUCUGUCAAAUUUGACGGGACGAGCAAAGACUUGGGCCUUGGGGCCAAAGCCUCACGACCCAAACGUGUUUAAGUCGUUAGAGAUCUUGAAGUCUCGGCUUAAAGAGACAUUUGAGCCGCCGAGAGCCGAGUUCAGAGCACGCUCUGCACUCUUGAGGCUAAAGCAAGGUAAGCGUGACGUGCACGCUUACGCACAGCACCUAAGCUACCUUGCGAGUAGCGUUACGGAAAACCCUGUUGAUGAGCACGCGCUCAUCAACGUGUUCACCUACGGCCUUGUGGAUGGGCCGGUGAAGACCUACAUGUUCCGAGAGGACUUCCAUACGCUGGAAAAAGCGAUAGCGUAUGCGGAACAAGAAGACUUCAGCCUGAGACAGUCUCAGGCUAACUCGUCAAACUAUCGUCCGACGAGACGAUAG